CUAGAAAGCGACUGCGUUCAACAAUCCCAUCUCCCAAACACUCCCCUCACCCCUCCCCUCUGUUAUAAAACCUUGCUUUCGCACCUAGUUUUAUUUCCAUUUUAUUUGGUGACUCUGUGAAUUUAAUUCCCACGAUCCAAACAUAAUUCGCCAAUUCCAUACCUCCUCUAUUUCCAACUCUUCCUGUUUUUGGAUUCUUCCGAAAUCAACAACCCAAUUUCAAAAGUUUCCUUUUUUUACCCAUUUAAUUUCUUGCUCUCAAUUUCCCUUUUAAGGUCCUCUCUUUGGUCUCUGCCUCGCGCAGAGGAGGUUCAAUUAUCAGACAAACAAAAAAAGCAAAAAAGAAAAGAAGAACGGUUAGGUGCGGUUCGAUCGGAGAUGGGACCGGCGAAGAUGAUACAGAGCAGCAGGUACUGGCUAUCGGAGCACCCAUCAAUCGUGGGGUUCCGGUGGAGCCACGCCCAAUCGUGGGGCUCCACCUGGUCCUUCCUCUUCACCGCCAUCGCCGCCUACAUCGCCGCCGCGGUCGUCCUCCACCUCACGUUGACCCUUUUCCGAAGGCGCCGCCCCGUCCCCCUGGGCCCCAUCCCCGCCGUGUACAGCCUCGCCAUGGCCCUCAUCUCCGCUGCGAUCUUCGUCGGGAUCCUCUCCUCCGCCGCCUCCGAGAUCCGCGAGACCGGCUGGAUCUGGCGGCGCUCCAAGACCCCCUUCCAAUGGCUCCUCUGCUUCCCCCUCGGCACUCGCCCCACUGGCCGCGUCUUCUUCUGGUCCUACGCCUUCUACCUCUCCCGCUUCCUCCACCUCUUCCGCACCUUCUGCAGCAUCCUCCGCCGCCGCCGCCUCCCCGUCUUCCAGAUCUUCAACCAGUCCAUCCUCAUCUGCAUGUCCUUCCUCUGGCUCGAGUUCUCGCAGUCGUUUCAGGUCCUGGCGAUUUUGUCGACCACGCUCAUCUACUCUCUCGUCUACGGCUACCGAUUUUGGACCGCGAUUGGAUUGAGGGGCGCCUGCUUCCCAUUCGUCGUGAAUUGCCGAAUUGCGUCUUUGGGUUGCAAUCUCCUCUGCCAUUUUGGCGUCCUUCUGCUGCAUUAUUUGAAAGGUGGGUGCAACGGGAUCGGGGCUUGGAUCUUCAAUUCUGUGCUCAACGGCGCAAUUUUGCUGCUGUUCUUGAAUUUCUAUUUGAGGAAGAGAAGGGAUGGCGCAGAAGCCGAUGGAGGGUCGUCUUCCUCGAGAUAUCGCCGUUCCUGUCCCUCCGUUUUGGAGAAAGAGGGAGAACCGGUGGAGCUCAAGGAGAAGUCUAGCUAGCUAGAUGAGGAGAUUUCAAUUAAUUCUCAUGAGAAUUAAAUAUGAAAUGAGCCUGCUUCAAUUCUUCUUCUUAAUUACUUUUCUUUUAAAUCUUUUGGGUUUUAGUCUUCCGCCUCUGAUGUCAAUUUUGGGGAAGAAACAGAGCAAAGGCCAGCCUUUUUUUUGUGCAGCGUUGGUUUGGGGACGGUGAGCUGCGUAGCAAUGCCUGAAACUUCACGGCGGGCCGGGGAAGACACCGGAAAGUCGUAUAACUGUGUAAAGAGCAAUUCGAUGUGUACGAUGAAGGUGAUGAUAAUCCAUGACACCAUACUUCUUUUUAAACUAAUCUCUUGUACAUUUACCAGUACCGACAACCAUGGAAGACCCAAUGGAAGGGUUUAAGGCUUUUAAUCUCGCCUGGGUUUGGUGGUCAACGAUGGAGAAAUGUUGAAGUCGACAGCGUUCUUCCUAUGUCUCCGAUAUUUUUUUAUUUUCAGUUUUAAAAGUUGAAUUAAAUACAUCUAUAUCGCCUCAAUUUUCUUAACACACAAAUCAAACCAUUUCAUUUUUUUAUCAAUGGGCUCUGCCUCCGGAAUGAGAAGGAAGCUUCUUCAAA